AAGCAGCUCCUGUGCAAUCAGUUAGAUUAACAAUCUUAGUAAGUACAGUUGAUUUAUCAACGUGGUUGUUUCUGAUUCUAAAUAUUGAAAUUGCUGGAAGUAUUCUAGUAUUGUAGUCUGCCAGAGAGAAAAGAAAUACAGUCUAAAAUAAACCUGAGAAUGGUAUGUGCAUUGUAAAACAGGAGUGUUUUUCUGAGAUGGUCGAGCUAUCUUUGCUACUCAAGGUGAAAUGCUGCAGUCUUUAAUUACACAAAUGAGUUGCGGUGGGUAAAAUGAGCCAUGUUUCAGAUGAUAGACUUUUUUGCUUCCAAAAUACAUGCAUUGUUUAUGAGAUUCUUACCAAGAUCAGUACCAGAUGCAAGUUCAUAUUUUCCAGUUCUUUCACUUAGCGCUUGGUUACUCUGUACACAAUUUCCAAGUUCUUUGUAAGAGGUCCUGAGCGCUCAAAAAUGAUUGCUCGUAUCAAACAAGUUUGGUCAUUUGUAACUGGAGGAGGUAGCUGCCAUCUUCUAUUUAAUGUUUAAGUUAAGUGGUUUAGGUUUGUUCAUAAACAAGUGCAAGUAUAAUCUUAAAAUUGGAUGUUUGGAACAGAAUUGUUUGAAAUGGAAUUUCUUAAAAUGCGAGAGGCUCUAAGCACAAACUGAAAACUCUAUGAGUGCCUUAAUGCACGGUAUUAAUGCAGAAGAGGAGAUUUGGGAAUGGAAACUUCCAUUUUGCCAAGAUAGCGAGUAAAAUUCAGGCAUUAUGAAAAGGAAAUACUUUGUUUAAUGUUUAUGCUUAAACAACUGGGACUUUCUUAUGAAUGUACUGCUUCAGCGUUACUUGGUUCAGUAUGAAUAGUAUCUCUUGGUUAAAAACAUGCUUGUUGCAAAGGAUUAGUAAUAUUGGAACAGAUAAAAGUAACGAGCAUUUAAAGCAGGAGUAACAGCUAAAGAUAAUGUAAUGGUGACUUACACAACCCAGAAUCAUGCUUUACCACUUGUUUGUUUCAUUUUGGUAUUUGUUGUUGGUGUUUUUUUUUUAAUGUAUAUACUGUUAAGCCUCUCUUUAGAAUUUUCUAUUUAACUAAUCAAGAUCUGAUUCCAUUUGGAGCUGUAUUUUCCUUGAAAUUGAAGCCUUAUUUAAACCCUCUUGAUUAGCAAAUGACCAAAGCCAAAUGUUUAGAAGUCUCGGUGAUACGACAGUCAUUUUGUUUGUAUGUGAUUUCCCCUCACCCCUCCCUGAGAUUAUUGUUCCUCAUUUCUAUACUAAAAAUACCAGCAAAGCACAAAGACAAUUCAAAAGAAACUCCUAACAAAAUUACCCACAACACAUUAUUUUCAUUUCUUUCAUUAUUUAUGCCAAAGUUUGAAUACUUGGUAUUGUUAUUUAUACUCUUGUUUGGUUUGUUGGGUUGUUUUGUUUUGUUUUUUUGUCAGUAACUUUCAAGGUAUUUACAGAAGAGGUGAGCUUCUUAACCAUGUCUUCCUGAUACAGACACAAGCAUCAGGAUAAGAAUUCUUUGGAAAGAAAAGUUUUACUCCUGACCAGUAGCAGUGCUCCAGGUGUGAUUAAGCCAAGGCACAUCCUAGUCCAAAGACUAAAUUUUCCAUAACCUUUAUGGCUGUAAGGAUCAAGGCUUAUGAAACAUCCCUAGGUUGCAUACCACCAGAGCAUCAUAUAUUUGUUUGUUUUUCAAGUCUGUCAAGCUUUGAGCUCACAUAAGUGGGUGUGUUUUAGUUUGGUUGUUUGGUGCCCAGACAGUGUAAUCCCUUCUCUCCUGGGAAAAGAUGCCCAGUAGGAUAGUUGGAAUGGCCUUAGGUUGCAUUGGAACUGUUGGCUGCCAAGUAAACUACUCUUAAAUAAUCACUAGGCUAUUUUUAUUUAUUAACAUGUGUUAUAGUUGCCAAAUUUUAGUUCAUGAAAUCACUUCAUAAAAAUAAAAUUGUUAUUCAUAAAAUUGGCUAGCUGAGGUUGGAAGCAAACUCUGGAGGUUGUCUAGUCCAACCCACUGCUGAAAACAGGGUCAGCUAUACAAAGCAUUUCCUGGCAUUGCCCAUUUGAGUUUUGACUGCCUCCAGGUAUAGGGGCUUCAUAACCACUCUGGUCAUCUUGAUUUAGUGUUUGGCAACACCUGUUUUCCUGUCCUUGGGCCCUGCUGGGGUGAGUCUGUUGUCCUUACUUCCAUCAGAUAUUUUUACUUGCUGAUGUGUUCUCAAAGCCUCCUACUUUGAAGCGUUUUCAAAGCGGUGCUCGACGGGAUCCCCAUGUCCUUUUGCACAAAGCUGCUUUGCAUGUGAUUGGCCCAGCCUGUGUGGGUGCCUUAGGUGUUCCUCCCUGGGUUGCAUCUCCUGUCAGGGAUUCCUCUCUGUCUCAGAGUAGUUCUGUUUUCAUUUAUCGUGUGUGUUUCUUUAAAUUACUGAAGAUCUCUAGCUGAGCUUUGUUGUUCCUUAUGAACUCCUUUCUGCUGCUGCUCUGAUGCCUCACAAACAAACAGAAAAAUGUGUAGAUGGAUUCUGUAGAUAAAACUUUGAUAAAAAAUGUAGCUAAUGAAGCUGGGCAGUCAUGUAAGCUGCAGCAUGUACAAUUUUAGACAUUGCAGAACCUUGCAGCGCAUCCACCCCUUCUAAGGAAUGAUUAAACUGGACAAUCCACUAGGCUUUUAAAGGCUAGAAGUCUGGAUCAUCCCUCCCUCUGCUAAUAUUCCAAUUUUAGGAAGGCUGACAUUUUGGAAAACAUUAGAUAAGCUGUUCCACGGGUUUAAAUUUUCUUGAGUAUGUCCUAUAUGUAUUUUAUGAUCAACUCUGCAACUUGACUUCUGAAGGUUACAAAAGUAAGACUUUUUAAGUUGCGUUAUAUGUCCAUAAUAUCCAAGUGACUGUAUGUCAGAAACACACAGAGAUGCUUGCCUAUUCUAUCUUCUAUAUUUCCUUUGCAGACCAAAGUUACUGAAUGAUUUCUAUAAUGUAGUUUAUUAAUUUCACCACUGACUUAAUUUCCACAUGAUGUGGUGGUUGUAUUCUGUAUAUUUGAUCGUAAGGUAAACAGAGCUGUCCCUUCUUGAUGUGAUGGAGACAUUGCUUAAGAUAAUAAGAGACUUAAGUACUGAGAAUACUGCAGUUGUUAUGUAUGAUAAUGCUUUAAGUAAAAUCAUAGAAUCACCAAGGUUGGAAAAGACCCACAGGAUCACCCAGUCCAACCAUCCGCCCAUCACCAACAGUUCUCACUAAACCAUGUCCCUCAACACAACGUCCAAAUGUUCCUUGAAUACCUCCAGGGUCGGUGACUCCACCACCUCUCUGGGCAGCCCAUUCCAGUGCCUGACCACCCUUUCAGAAGGUUAAAAAUCUUUUUUAAUUGAGAGAGUGACAUGAUCCCCUGGUCUUGCAAGUAGUGUCUAGACCAUAAACAGUUAAAUGCUAUCAUAUAGCUAUAAAAUGAAUCCAGCAAAGCUGAUUAUUUGUAGAAAAAGCUGAGUUCGGUUUAAACUGAGAAUAGUUGUUAGGCAUCCUGCAGACGGCCUGUUCUUUUGCAAUUGCUAAUACUUAUAUAGGUAUUGUGUACCAAUAAUCAUCUGAGCAAAAGCAAGGGUUUGGCAUGUGAAGAAGUGUUUUUUGGUGCCAGGUUUGUAAAUGAAAGACUUGCUGUUUAGAUUUGCUGUUUAGAUUUGCAAAAGACUUGCUGAGAAAGGUGUUGUAGUCCAUGUAGUUUACAAGUGGUGAUUGUGGGGUAAAAGUUACUGGAAAAUUUCAGUGUGUUUCACAGACUCUAGUUUAAAUGCUUUAUUUCAGAAAAUAGCACAUCUGAUAAGAAAAGGAUUUAUUUUAAUAAUUGUCCUGAAAGGUGAAACACUGAAUAAUACAGUUGAUUUCUGCUUUGUGUAGAAGUUCAUGACAUGCUGCUGAAAACAAAACUGAUAGAAAUAAGCUAGGAUGCUUUUUUUUUUAAAAAAAAAAAAAAAAGACUGGCUCCUUAAGUUUUUAAUGUCACACCAUUUGUGUUUCUGAGCUGUAUAUAUUAUGGGUUUUUAUUGAAUAAGGUAUUACUGGAAUUUGCAAUGCAGCAUGUCCCUACCUAACAAUUUAUUAAUGCAGGGUUCUACUUGCUAUGAGUGUGAUUAUUCAGUUUAUCUUGUGUUUUCUGGCUAAUUUUAUUCUACUGCAGCCUUUGUACAACUGCUGAACUGCAGUUGUUGGUGUGGUGCCUCGUACCAUAGGAAGGCGUUUGGUAAGAUGGGGAAAAGAAGGGAGAAGCUAAACCCUGCACAUAUCAAUAUUUACAGUGGCGUUUGGUAUUUAUUGAAUACCUCAUUUUAGGAGGAAGACAGGAUGGUUCUGUGAUGGUGGCGACUGUAUGCAUUCAAACAUGAUUAGUAAUAAACUGAGAGAGGCAGAUGCUCUUCUCCUGUAUCACUUGUUAACACAGUACUGUUGUGCAUUCUUCUAGAAAAUCUUGAGAACAAACUGUUAAAAGAGCAAAAGCAACAGUACAUAGUUUAUACAUCUUAUCUACCUGUAAUCAAUCCAUGCUGUAAUGCAUCAAAAUACUUGGAAUGAAUAAUGGCCAGGCCGCUACUGCAGAAGCUUGUUCGUUAUGUGAUCAGAUUGGCAAGGGCCUUAGAGAUGUGAGAGAGCAGCAGUUUGACUCUUGCACAGUUUUGUUUCUCAUUCUGUAAGUGGUGCAGUGUUUGGAUUUUGAGAAAUAGCUGUUUCUUACUGUGGUUCCACAGGAAAGGAAGCAAAUAAUAGAAGUGACAUCAGCCAUUUCUGCAUUUGGAAAGACACAGUUCUGUUUAUAGCAUGUGGGAGUAAUGAAGUAUGUAUGGAAAUAUAUGGGAGAUGACCAGAAAUCACAGCCUCCUUUUCCAUACGUAGAGGAAAAACGUGAUGUAGCCUUGUUUAAUAGAAAAUUGAAAGAAAGGAAUAUAAUUAGCGGUUGUUGUGAUUUUGUGGAAGAAUUGGUUGGACAGUAUCACUCUGAGAUUAAACAAUCAGUUGGUUCUCCCAACCCAAAUUACAUGCAUCUACCAAUGCGUUUGACUUUAACAUUUGGCAUUUUGAUCUUAAAAUGAGCACUGUGUAGUACAUCAGUACACAUUGAAAUGAUUCAGAUUUGGUUAUGGUUAACAGUUGUAGUAACUGGCUGGUAGACCCAAAUGCUUUUUUUUUUUCCUUCUGCAUGUUUUGAAAAUGACUCUUUCAGAAGUCACUGGACAACAGAUGACAAAAAUAAAUGUGAGGAAAAGGCACUCCCAAGGAAGUGCCAAUAACAUUAAAUAGAGGUAUGUUCAAACAAGACUAAUUUUACAGUUCAAUUUUGCAGGGAUGUAGGACUAAGGAGUGUCCCGUUUCACUCUCGCACAAAGUGCUGUGGUCUGGGAUGUGUCAUCGUAGUACAGGAUGUGAGAGCGAAAUGUAUAAGAUGCUGUAAGUUCCUUGUCUGAUUCUGUGUCAAAAAGGCUCUGAAAAUGGAAGCAGUAAAAUAGUGCUUUGUGUCUGUGUGCAGCUUUGUUGGAACUAAUAAACUUUUUAACGCUACAUUUGCUUCAGAUGUCUGUCUUUAAAGAAACAUACUGGAAAAGAACACGCAGAGAAAAUGAGAUUUAAAGAACUGAAAUAAAAAGAAUUAGAGGUGACAUGAUAAGUGAUUUUAAAACUCCAUAAGGAGAAAGUACUAACUGUGAAAGCACUCUUUUAAUUUGGUGAAGAAAAGUAGAGGAAAGCAUAAAGCUGAAAGUCAGAUGUUCACCUUGGAAAUAAGGCAAAUAUUAUAACAGCGUGAUUAGCCAGUGGAACAAACUAUCAGAGAAGGUGGUGAUUUUCCGUCCCUUGAAGGCUUUCAAAUGAAGAAUAUUCACUUUCUGGAAUUUAGGCUUUAGCCAAAUACAUGUUUACCUUACCAGAGUUGGGGAACUGUGAGUUUGUGCAAGUCUUUGUGCCUCUGGCAUGAAUUUCAUGCAUACUUCAGGUACUGUUAGCAUUGAAAGAUCUCCAAGGUCAAGCUUAUGAGGCGUUUGUAUCCAGAGUGGCAUAUGCCCAGGGAUGAAGAGGCGUGAAGAGCUCUGAUUAUGGGUAAACAAGUUACCCUCCUUGGGCUCGAUAUAGGAUAACUAAGGAAAAAUUAAUGGCCUUGGGUACAGGAAGUCAGUACAGAUUAUCCUAAACUUUACUGUGAAUCUGUUAACUAGUUACAUUUCCAGUUUCCUGAACUAAUUUGUGCCAAAAACUUAAGUGGAAAUUAAUCCAGCUGCUGGCUGCAUUAGCUUCCACCUACAUAAUUACGGUCAUAGAGGACAGAUGUGCUAUACAACCAUCAGCUGGCCUACAUGGUAAUUUUUUCCACAUUUUAAAAUUGCAAGUGCCUGCUAACAUAGCCCCCCACCAUAAGUGCCAGACAUCAGUGUUGCCAUCUCUGUCUCAGUUCUUUGGUUGGAUUUUAAAGCCUUUAAAAUGUUAUCGUCUUGUAUCCUGUUGGGUAGUUUUCCUGACUGGUAAGGAUUUGCUAGGAGUUCUGUGGGGCUGAAAGUAGAGGAGCAAUUGUCUUAGUGCUUUGCAUAUAAGACUAUACUAUAGAGGGGGGAAGAAAAAAAGUAGAACAGUGUGGAAAUUUUGAAACAAGUUGGCAAAAUGAGUCUUAGCAAUUAUAAAAGAAUUUACUAGUAUCUCUUAUUUAUGCUAUUAUUAACUGAAUAAUAAUGAUUCUGAUUUUGCUGGAUUAGAAUGCUUCUUAACAUUGUUUAAACUAUCUAUUUCGAGAAGGGCAGCUUCAGGUGCAUUUCAAAACAGUUUCUUCUUUAGAACAAAAAUAAACGUAAGAAAGUCUUGAAUUUUACCCUUAUUAAAAUAGUUCUCCUUUUAACAUAAAGCAACCACUUUUAUUUUUUGACUUUGUAAAAAGUCACUUCAUAGGGUAUGGUGCAAAAAUAAAUACAUCUGUUCCGCAUUUGGUUUCAGUCUACUUUUUCAACAGAAAUCACGCAUCAACAUUAAUCUCGUAACAGUAAUAAACAGUCAAACAUGAAGACAGACUGCUAGACAACUCAGUAGAUGGGAUAUAUAAAAUAUCUUUUCUUCAACAUCUUGCAAUUCCUUCUGUUAUUUCUUACUUCCAGCAGAACUUGCAUCACUUCCAAAGCAUGUUGUAUGCUUUCUUUAGAAUAUUUUCUUUCUUGGACAUAGUUACUUUGUGUCGAUGUGCACAAGUUUCCAAGGCAUGGAAUGUUUUAGCUCUGGAUGGAAGCAAUUGGCAAAAAAUAGACCUUUUUAACUUUCAGACGGAUAUAGAGGGUCGUGUUGUGGAAAAUAUAUCGAAAAGGUGCGGUGGGUUCCUGAGACAACUUAGUCUGAGAGGAUGUCACGUUGUUGGAGACUCCUCUUUAAAGACCUUUGCACAGAACUGUAGAAACAUCGAACACUUAAAUUUAAACGGGUGCACAAAAAUCACUGACAGCACGUGUUACAGUCUUAGCAGAUUCUGUUCCAAGCUGAAACAUCUGGAUCUGACAUCUUGUGUAGCCAUCACAAACAGCUCCUUGAAAGGUUUAAGUGAGGGUUGCAGAAAUCUGGAACAUUUGAAUCUUUCCUGGUGUGAUCAGAUUACGAAGGAUGGUAUUGAAGCACUGGUGAAAGGGUGUAGUGGACUAAAAGCUCUAUUUCUUAGAGGUUGCACACAGUUAGAAGAUGAAGCGUUGAAACACAUUCAAAAUCACUGUCAUGAGCUUGCAAUCCUGAAUUUGCAGUCCUGCACACAAAUUUCAGAUGAAGGUAUUGUAAAAAUCUGUAGAGGAUGCCAUAGACUUCAGUCACUGUGUGUUUCGGGCUGUUGCAACCUUACAGAUGCUUCUCUCACAGCACUUGGUCUAAACUGCCCGAGGCUGAAGAUUUUGGAAGCUGCAAGAUGUUCUCAGCUCACAGAUGCUGGUUUUACCCUUUUAGCACGGAACUGCCACGAGCUGGAGAAGAUGGACUUGGAAGAAUGUGUUUUGAUAACUGACAGCACCUUGAUACAACUUUCUAUACACUGUCCUAAACUACAAGCAUUGAGCUUAUCUCACUGUGAAUUGAUCACUGAUGAUGGGAUUCUUCAUCUGAGCAACAGCACGUGUGGUCACGAGCGGCUGCAAGUACUGGAGCUUGAUAAUUGCCUGCUCAUCACUGAUGUGACCCUGGAACACCUGGAGAACUGCCACAACCUGGAGAGAAUUGAGCUGUAUGACUGCCAGCAAGUCACGCGGGCUGGAAUCAAAAGAAUCCGAGUAGGCUCAUCGACCUCAUGUGAAAGUGCAUGCCUACUUUGCUCCAGUAACUCCCCCUCCUUCGGUCGGAGGGAGCGGACAGCGCCUCUGCAGAUGCUGUAUUAUUCUUUGACACAGAGUGCGACCACACAGCGUUUUUUGUUUGGGUUUUUUUUUGUUGUUGAAGAAAAGAACUGGACUGCGAGUCAGUGGAAGGAGUUGGUUUCCUGACUGCUAUAAUGGUGAUGUUUGGUCAUCCAGUUUUGUGACGAGAAGAGCAUUUUUUUUCCAGGUAAAAAGUCUUACUGUAAUGUUCAGAUGUGGAUUAAGUUGGUGAUGCUUCGGUUUGUGCUAGUGACUCCUUCCUUCUGUUGGCAUGAGAACUGAAGUGCUGUGUAUGACGCGGGGGCGUUUCAGCCUUACGGUAUUUGGUGAACGUUCACUAAUGUGGAAUUCAGUUUGUAUCUGUAAGCACUACUCAGCAUGAGCUCUGAUGUAAGGUGGGGCUCAGGUCAGUCACGGGAUGAAACUGAACCUGCUGUUCUGUAAUAUAGGUGGCAGAUUAAAUACCAGGUUUAAGGACAAAUCAGCUUUAGCAAAUGUUGACCAAAAAUGCAAGGUAGUCAUGUGCUCUUCCAGCAAAACAGCUUAUACUUCUUCAUGAUCCAGCACUGCAUUUAAUGACAUUAACAGGACAUAAUAGGUAAUGUCAAAAGGUAAAGAUUGUACCUCAUGAUAACUAACUAUAUAAAUACUUCUCAAAUUUUUGAACUUGGUUCAGUUGAACUACAAGUUAGGAUAAAGCUUGCCCAUCACUGAAGCACGUUUUAUGCCCUAUGCCAUCAGCUGUUAAAAAGGGGGUUGGAAAUCCACUGAGAUGGGCUGCCACAGCCAUCCAAGGUGCUUACUGUAAUGCCAUUACUGUGUCCUCAGUCACCUCCUGGUUUGUAAUGGAAGGACGGAGCAGCUCUAGGAAGAGGGGUGCACUGCUCAUGCUUUUCUGAGGUGAGGAAUGGAAGCUACGUUAAGUUGCAGGAACUGUGAUGGAACGGGGACUUCAGCUCAAGCUGUUUGUCCUGUGUAUUGCAGAGAUGCAGAUGGGCAAAUAGAUCUGGGGGCAGGAAUUGAACCAAACCAGUGGUUUUCAAAUGCACAAAGGCAAACUCUUCACAUUUGGGUUAUUAAAGAAGCCGUCAACUUCUGAAGAAUAACAAAAAAAAAAAAAUCUAAGUAUUAACUCUUGAGGCCAUGCUUUCAUCCUUAGUUUUCCAGGGCAUUUUUUAUAUACAGCAACCUAAUUAUCUGAGAUAGAUAAACUACUCAACAGCUCAGAAAGCUUUUCUGCCUACGACUGAUUGUGUGUGUUUAUGUUUUAAGAGUUUGGGGCCUGCGUGUUUACUGAAACCUAACAGAAAUACUGGCUUCAUUAAAAAAGCCAUCAGCGAAGCUCCUACUGGAGCCUUCUGGCAUCUUCUCAUAAAUUCAGAACUACUUUUUAAAAGUGAUGUGAACAUGAAGACCUCUAUGGAUACCAACAGCAUUACUUUCCUGCUUCACCCACUCACAGGUGAUGGGGAUGGUAAAUUAAGAUCUCAACUUCAAGGAUAAAUACCAUGAUACUGCAGUAUGUGUUUGUUUUUCUUUUCUACUGCAGAAUAAGCCCAUCAAUCGGGGCUCAUUUUGCACUGUAGUAGAGUGUUGUUACAAUCAGACUUAAAUUUCCAGUAAGGCACUGCUGUAACGGAGAGUUUCAAGCAGGUUUUAUUCUCCACUGUCCCAGGGAAGUCAUUGGUACCCCUCUGUCAAAAUGUGUUGCCUUUUGUUGGCUCAUUUUUCUUUUUUAAGAACGUAAUGAACCUUGUAAGUAUGUCCACUGCAUUAAAGAUGUACAAAAACAAAUGGAGCCUACUCCGGUAUAGGACACUUCAAUAAACAAUCAGCUGAUGUCAAA